AUGUUUUCAAGGAGCGUUUUCAGAAGCACGAUACCAAUUAAGGGAACCCUCUCUCGAUGGUACUCGAACUCUAUAAAAUUGGCCAACCUGGGAGAGGUUACUGAUUAUUUGGUAGGUGACGGUGUACCUAACUUACUACAAAGGAUGCUCAAAGAAUCCGUACUCGCUGAUAAUAUAACUUUGAGAUUAUUUCCCACUUCGCAUCCCUAUAUCCCAGUGUUGCACGGAAGAUCCAAAUAUAAGGCUUCUUUGAAUGCCAUCAGGAUGAUAGUACGAAAGUUCGUACUCGACGAAGAGUGCCGCUUGCAUAUAAGUUUAGUCAAGACUUUAAAUUCGACAUCGAAAGGCGGAGAAUUCAAAGAAAAUCCUCAGAAUUACAACACUAUCACGCCCAAUGACAAACUGGUUAUCAAGUGGCAAAGUUGUAUACCGGAAGAUCGUUGCAAAAUUUCUAAGCCAGAGAUUAACGACGAGUUGAAAAAAAAGAAAGACGGGGUCGAAGGGGAGAAUUCGUUUUCAAUGAGAUCAGUACCAGUGAUAGAUUACAUUUUACAUCCUACGAUAAAUAAUCUGAAUCAAAGGGUUGUUACAGAAUACAUUGAUGACGCAGCCGAAAAGUCCAUACAAAAUUUUAACAAAAACGGAAAUAUUAAAGAAGGUAAGAUUGGAAAAGAUGACACUAUAAAAAAGAAUAAAGUGAGAAGGUUAUCACGGUUAAUAAGAGGCACUUUUAUAUUUGAAUUCAACGAAGAAAACUCUAAAAUUUUAGUCCAUACCAUUGAAGACGUCGAGUUGAUUCAUUACGAAAAAAAAAUUGCCACUGGCGGCGCAUUUGCAUGUUGA